GCAAGAGGGGAAAAGAGAGAGUGCGUGAGAGAGAGAGAGAGGGAGAGAGAGGGAGAGAGAGGGAGAGACAGCGCAAAGCAGUCCCAGGCUUCCUCGUCUCUUUCACGUCAGAGGCAGGAACCAACUGUACUAAGGCUGUUUGCUCAAUACGCAGAGAUGGAGAAAGGCGCAGACACAGAGUGAGAGAAGAGGGGUCCUCCCUGACCCAAGGAAUUACCACUAGUGGAGUAAAGCCACCUGACUUUUCAAUCUUAUUUUGGUUGCCUCCUCUUUCUCCUUCCACUCCAGCCCUGCCAGCUUGGGUUUCAUUUCUUUCGUGGAGGCUCCUCUCUUCCUCCCAGGAAAAGGAGGAAGGGAAGAGAAGGGAGAGAGGUGGGUUCUCUAGGUGAGCGCGUCAGCUGGCUCCAGCCCCGCACAGACAGGAAUUCUCUUCCCAGGAAGCUCCUCUUGCUCUCCUGCCGCCCACCCCCAGCCCGGGGUUCUCUGGAUUCUUGCUGUGGAGAGAGCUGAAUCUGACCUUUUACUUUCUCUCCUGGUGUGAACCUGUGGUGGCCACAUCAUCAUAACUGCACAGAGGCCAGGUCUCUUUUGGUGUUAGGAUUAAAGAACGCGCGGGAAAGAGAAAGCAUUGAAGGCAUCAUCACUACAGAUCCCCACAACUCCAUGCUUUCUACUGCAGGCUGGUCCUGAACCUGGAGAUCUGCUGAGAGGAUGGGGGCGGAUGGGGAAACCGUGGUCUUGAAGAACAUGCUCAUUGGCGUCAACCUGAUCCUUCUGGGCUCCAUGCUCAAGCCCUCGGAGUGUCAGCUCGAAGUCACCACGGAAAGAGUCCAGAGACAGGCCGUGGAGGAGGAAGGCGGCACUACCAGCUAUAACACAUCCGGCAAAGAGCAGCCGGUGGUCUUCAACCACGUGUACAACAUCAACGUGCCCCUGGACAGCCUCUGCUCCUCGGGGCUGGAGGCCUCGGCCGAGCAGGAGGUGAGUGCCGAAGAUGAUGUGCUGGCGGAGUACACGGGGCAGACCUCGGACCACGAGAGCCACGUCACCUUCACCCACAGGAUCAACCUCCCUAAAAAGGCCUGCCCAUGUGCCAGCUCGGCCCAGGUGCUGCAGGAGCUGCUGAGCCGAAUCGAGAUGCUGGAGAGGGAGGUGUCAGUGCUGCGGGACCAGUGCAGCAGCAGCUGCUGCCAAGAAAGCGCUGCUACAGGACAACUGGACUAUAUCCCUCACUGCAGUGGCCACGGCAACUUUAGCCUCGAGUCCUGUGGCUGCAUCUGCCACGAAGGCUGGUUUGGCAAGAACUGCUCGGAGCCCUACUGCCCGCUGGGCUGCUCCGGCCGGGGAGUGUGCGUGGACGGCCAGUGCAUCUGCGACAGCGAGUACAGCGGGGACGACUGCUCGGAGCCCCGGUGCCCCACAGACUGCAGCUCCCGGGGGCUGUGCGUGGACGGGGAGUGCGUCUGCGAGGAGGCCUACGCGGGCGAGGACUGCAGCGAGCUGAGGUGCCCUGGGGACUGCUCGGGGAAGGGGAUAUGUGCCAACGGCACCUGCUUAUGCCAGGAGGGCUACGCCGGUGAGGACUGCAGCCAGCGGCGGUGUCUGAACGCCUGCAGCGGGCGAGGACACUGCCAGGAGGGCCUGUGCUUCUGUGAAGAGGGCUACCAGGGCCCUGACUGCUCGGCAGUUGCCCCUCCAGAGGACUUGCGAGUGGCUGGUAUCAGCGACAGGUCCAUUGAGCUGGAAUGGGACGGGCCGAUGGCAGUGACGGAAUAUGUGAUCUCUUACCAGCCGACGGCCCUGGGGGGCCUCCAGCUCCAGCAGCGGGUGCCUGGAGAUUGGAGUGGUGUCACCAUCUCGGAGCUGGAGCCAGGUCUCACCUACAACAUCAGCGUCUACGCUGUCAUUAGCAACAUCCUCAGCCUUCCCAUCACUGCCAAGGUGGCCACCCAUCUCUCCACGCCUCAAGGGCUACGAUUCAAGACGAUCACAGAGACCACGGUGGAGGUGCAGUGGGAGCCCUUCUCCUUCUCCUUCGAUGGGUGGGAGAUCAGCUUCAUUCCAAAGAACAAUGAAGGAGGGGUGAUUGCCCAGCUCCCCAGUGACGUUACAUCCUUCAACCAGACGGGACUGAAGCCUGGGGAGGAAUAUAUUGUCAAUGUGGUGGCUCUGAAGGAGCAAGCCCGGAGCCGCCCUACCUCGGCCAGCGUCUCCACUGUCAUUGAUGGGCCUACACAGAUCCUGGUUCGAGAUGUCUCUGACACAGUGGCCUUUGUGGAGUGGACGCCACCUCGAGCCAAAGUUGAUUUCAUUCUCCUGAAGUACGGCUUGGUGGGCGGGGAAGGUGGGAAGACCGCCUUCCGGCUGCAGCCUCCUCUGAGCCAGUACUCGGUGCAGGCCCUGCGGCCCGGCUCCCUGUACCAGGUGUGGGUCAGCGCCGUCCGCGGAGCCAACGAGAGCGAGUCCAGCACCACCCAGUUCACAACAGAGAUUGACGCCCCCAAGAACCUGCGGGUUGGCUCCCGCACAGCAAGCAGCCUUGACCUGGAGUGGGACAACAGUGAAGCGGAGGUUCAGGAGUACAAGGUUGUGUACAGCACCCUGGCGGGUGAGCAGUACCAUGAGCUGCUGGUCCCCAAGAGCAUCGGUCCAACUACCAGGACCACACUCACAAAUCUGGUGCCUGGCACUGAGUAUGGAGUUGGAAUAUCCGCUGUCAUGAACUCACAGCAAAGUGUGCCGGCCACCAUGAACGCCAGGACCGAACUAGACAGUCCGCAAGACCUCAUGGUCACAGCCUCCUCGGAGACCUCCAUCUCCCUCAUCUGGACCAAGGCCAGUGGCCCCAUUGACCACUACCGAAUUACCUUUACCCCAUCUUCUGGGAUCGCCUCGGAAGUCACUGUGCCCAAGGACAGGACCUCGUACACACUGACAGACCUAGAGCCCGGGGCAGAAUACAUCAUUUCAAUCACUGCUGAGAGGGGUCGGCAGCAAAGCCUGGAGUCCACUGUGGAUGCCUUCACAGGCUUCCGCCCCAUCUCCCAUUUGCACUUUUCCCACGUGACCUCCUCCAGUGUGAACAUCACUUGGAGUGACCCAUCCCCUCCAGCAGACAGACUCAUUCUGAACUACAGCCCCCGGGAUGAAGAGGAAGAGAUGAUGGAGGUCUCCCUGGAUGCCACCAAGAGGCAUGCUGUACUAAUGGGCUUGCAGCCAGCCACCGAGUACAUCGUGAACCUGGUGGCAGUCCAUGGCACAGUGACCUCUGAGCCCAUCGUGGGCUCCAUCACCACAGGAAUUGAUCCCCCCAAAGACAUCACAAUUAGCAAUGUGACCAAGGACUCAGUUGUGGUCUCCUGGAGCCCUCCUGUUGCUUCUUUUGAUUACUAUCGAGUAUCGUAUCGGCCAACACAAGUGGGACGACUAGACAGCUCGGUGGUGCCCAACACGGUGACAGAAUUCACCAUCGCCAAGCUGUCCCCAGCUACCGAGUACGAAAUCAGCCUCAACAGCGUGCGGGGCAGGGAGGAGAGUGAGCGGAUCUGCACUCUCGUGCACACAGCCAUGGACAAUCCUGUGGAUCUGACUGCUGCCAACGUCACUCCCACAGAAGCCCUGCUGCAGUGGAAGGCGCCCGUGGGCAACGUGGAGAACUAUGUCCUCGUUCUCACACACUUUGCAGUUGCUGGAGAGACCAUCCUGGUUGAUGGAGAUAGUGAGGAAUUCCAACUGGUUAACCUGCUUCCCAGGACCCACUAUACUGUCACAAUGUAUGCCACCAGCGGGCCUCUCACCAGUGCCACCAUCAGCACCAACUUCUCUACCCUCCUGGACGCUCCUGCAAAUCUGACAGCCAGUGAAGUCACCAGACAAAGUGCCCUGAUCUCCUGGCAGCCUCCCAGGGCAGAGAUUGAGAACUACGUCUUGACCUACAAAUCCACUGAUGGAAGCCGCAAGGAGCUGAUUGUGGAUGCGGAGGACACGUGGAUCCGACUGGAGGGCCUGUCCGAGAGCACAGACUACACAGUGCUCCUGCAGGCGGCCCAGGACACCGAGCGGAGCAGCAUCACCUCCACCACCUUCAUCACAGGGGGCCGCAUCUUCCCUCAUCCCCAAGACUGUGCCCAGCAUUUGAUGAAUGGAGACACUCUGAGUGGGGUUUACACCAUCUUCCUCAAUGGAGAGCUAAGCCAGAAGUUACAGGUGUACUGUGACAUGACCACCGACGGGGGUGGCUGGAUCGUAUUCCAGAGGCGGCAGAAUGGCCAAACGGAUUUUUUCCGGAAAUGGGCUGAGUACCGUGUUGGCUUCGGGAACCUGGAGGACGAGUUUUGGCUGGGGCUGGACAACAUACACAGGAUCACGUCCCAGGGCCACUACGAGCUGCGCGUGGACAUGCGGGAUGGCCAGGAGGCCGCCUUCGCCUACUACGACAAGUUCUCUGUUGAGGACGGAAGAAGCCUGUACAAACUCCGCAUAGGAGGCUACAACGGCACCGCAGGGGACUCCCUCAGCUAUCAUCAGGGCCGCCCUUUCUCCACCGAGGACAGAGACAAUGAUGUUGCAGUUACCAACUGUGCCAUGUCCUACAAGGGGGCCUGGUGGUACAAGAACUGCCACCGGACCAACCUCAACGGGAAAUACGGGGAGUCCAGGCACAGUCAGGGAAUCAACUGGUACCACUGGAAAGGCCAUGAGUUCUCCAUCCCCUUCGUGGAAAUGAAGACGCGCCCCUACAACCACCGUCUCACGGCGGGGAGGAAACGGCGGUCCUUGCAGCUCUAAGCAGCGGGCGGCGGCGAGCCAGCUGACCUUUUCUGUCAUUUGUUUGUAUUUUAUAAUAUGAAACAAGGGGCGGGGGAAAUAGUGAUGUGCUUUGCAACAUAUUAAGAGUGUUGGAAGGAAGCAGGAUGUAGCAGGAAUUGGCUGAGAAUCAGCAGCUCAUGGUUUCUGCCGCCCCCGGGACUGACCCUCCGCCUCCAUGCUCCCUUCUACCCAGUCAUCCUUAACCUUCCCCUCUUUUCCUACCAAGGAGGAAAAGUGAGACAUUUUCUUAAAAGACCAAUUCAAAAGCAAAUCCUGGAGUCAGGUUGUCAUGGUGACAGGCACGUGCCUUCUUUCCUGCCCUUCUUCCGAGAUGCCCUUCACUUUCAGGUAUUGUCCUCUGGUCACUGCCUUGGAUGGCCGUGUUCUCACCCCGGCUCAGAGAAGAAGCCUCAGCAAGAGAGCUUUGCCAAGAAGCCCCCGCAAAAGGAAACAGAUUAACCUCACCCCACCCCAGCAACCCAAGUCCUUCGUAAUGGGCCAAAGAUUCUCAUCUGACACUCUUACUAGUCAAGUAUCCUCUGUCACCUGUCAAGAGUAGUGACCUCUUUUCCAGCCAGUCCAUCAUUGCCCAUUUCCAUCCUACCCUUCAACCCCCAUGGCCCCACACGCCUAACCACUGUUUUGGAUUCUAGUUCCCAAGGUGUUGCCUGGCCCUGGCCCUGGGCUGCACAGUAGCUGUGUGCCUGUGGGUUCUAAGUUACUGCCCCUCCCUCGGGUCACAUAGACAGCAACUUUCUUUGGCGAUAGGAGGGGGAGAUAGUUGUGGUCUGUACCAAUUUAGGGCCAGGCACUGAGGAAGGCACAGAAGAAGUAGAAAUUAGGGCACCUUCCACAAAUAUUAUACAUUCCACCGGGGACACAGAUCUUACCAAGCUCUGUUUUCUCUGUUUCUCGUCCCAUUUGUCAUGGAUUUUUUUUUCCUUUAAUUGCAAACUAAAGGCCUCAUUUCUGUCUUCACUAAAGGCUCUCCUUAAUGUGGGCAGCGUAAUAAGAGUCAGAAGAAGUCCUAUGACCGGCCCGCCAUUCCCCUGACUGACAACCCUGGGAAGAGGUGGAAUUUUAGGGUUUUGGUUUUUAGUUUUCUCCUCUUUUUUGGUCCUGUGAGAAACAGGAGUGACCUCCUUAAUGAGGUGAGAUCAUGAGAAGCCUUUUUCCAUCUUCUUUUAUUAUUCUGCCUUUGAGAGGAAAAAUGAAAAGUGCCAGAGGAAAUUACAUCUAGAAAUCCAAAGGUGAACAGGGGAGGAGUGUGGGCCUACCUCCCGUUUUACGAGACGUGCUCUCUUUGCUAGCUUGAUUUGAUUUUUAAACCCAAGGGAGCUGGAGGCUCUAGGAGCCAUGUUCCAUCCACUUCUCCAAAUCGAAUGUCAGCUGCAGCCAUCCCUACAGCAUGCCCAAAUUCCAUGUCCAGGCUCCCCAGCUGCCUCCUCCCUUUCCUCUCCUCUUCCUUAAGGCCCUGGUUCUGUUUUCCGUCAUGCCCACAUUUAGUCAAACUGGGGCAUCUCGGGCCUUUCCCAGCCAAUCACUGGCUGAGACUGAGAGCUGGCCAUUUUCUAAUGGAAACCUCCAUAGUCUAACCGAGCUCCGUUAACCAGGAAAGGACAAUCCCUGGGGCUGAUGGUCACACCUCUGACGUUAGGGUGGAGUCAGCUGCCGCUGGCCUUGUUCAUGGUUGUGGAGUGGGUGUGACUGGCAAACUGGGGCUGGAAAUGGAGGUGGCAUUUCCAUUUCUCAAUUCACCAUGGGCUUCAAGAAAGCUAGGAGAAGGAAGAAGAGACAGAAACAAUCCUUUCAAGAAACCUGUUAACUAAGUCAGAUUUAGCUACAGAGUAGGGCACCAAUGAAGCAAGUUGAAUGAGGAACCUAUGAAGCACCUGGGGAUCAAGGCCUAGGCCCACCUCUGCCAUUUUGUUGGCUCUGUCACAUCGGGAAGUUUGUUUCACCUCUCUGGGCCUCAGUUUCCUCACCUGUUGAAUGUUAGCUUCUAACAUCCCUUUUAGUUUUGGGAGUCAGUAAUGCUAGUCUCUGAUCUGAAAACCUCAGUAGAGAUUGGCAUUGGUGAGAGAGCACAAUUAAGUAAGGAAAAUUCACCAGAAGCCUUGCUUUAUGAAAAAGAGAGAGAGAAUGAGAGAGAAAAGAAAGGAAAGAAAGAAAGAAAGGAAAGAAAGGAAAGAAAGAAAGAAAGAAAAAAAGAAAGAAAGAAAGAAAGAAAGAAAGAAAGAAAGAAAGAAAGAAAGAAAGAAAGAAAGAAAGAAAGAAAGAAAGAAAGGAAGGAAGGAAGGAGAGAAAGAAAGAGAGAAAGAAAAAGAAAAAGAAAAAGAAAGAGAAAGAAAGAAAGAGAAAGAAAGGGAGGAAGAAAGGAAGAAAGGAGAGAGGGAGGAAAGGAAGAAAGGAGAGAGGGAGGGAAGGAAGGAAGGAAGGAAGGAAGGAAAGAAGGAAGGAAGGAAGGAAAGACUGAUUGAGAUAGAAGCCAUCAGUAAAACACACACACACACACACACACACACACACACACACACACACGAGAAAACAUUGCCGAAAAGACUGUGCCAAGUAAGAAGAUGAACUCAUCUUGUCCAUAAAAGCAGAACCCAGGGACCUGGGUGGUGCCAGGACAGCCCACCUCAUCAAGGGAACUGAAAUGGAAAAAGAUUAUGAGUCCUCAUGUUGCCAAUUCAGAUGAAAGCCACAAAACAUCAGUGGAAACCAAAACCUGCCUUUUAUUGGAAAACCAUUUUACCCUAUGGAACAUUUUUAUAAAUAGUAGCAGCAGCAUUGCCUAGAGUCAUUUUAAAGAAUUUUUAAAGCAAGAAAGGAACUUCAAAGAUUAGCUCACCCAACCUUCUAUAAAAGGACCUCUAGAUUCCUUUUAUUAAAUAGAGUGAUUUUUCUCACAAGCUUUCACCAUUUUUUGAGAGACACGGUGCCCCAUUAUCUCCCCAAGGCCCGUGGUCAGCUUGACUUAAAGCUUCGUAACUGGACUCACUGAUUCCUGCUCAUCCUGUUCCUCUGAGCACAUGUGCUCUUCUCAACAGUGCAGCUGGGAAGCAAUACUCGCAAAGCACUCACCCUCAGCACACCAAAGGUGGUGUGGACCCAACUCACAGGCAGUUUGACUGCAGACAUACUAGGAUGUGUAUUUACAAAAACAAAAAGACAAAAAACCCUACCAGUGUCAGCAGUAGACUCACAGCCGAGACCCAAGAUCCAGAUAGUUUAUUGUUAUUGCAUUUCCCCAUCAGACGAAGAUAAUUUUGAACAUAGUAAACUCACAUUCUCUAGGGUUAUCUUCUGGAAGGUGAAGGGAGUGGACAUAAAGGGGCAGGAGAAGGGAUGAUAGAUCUGUGAAAAACUCCUGUGAGCCUUUAGGCAGAUUUAACUGGAGGAGGGAGACUUGCUAAGUGUGACCACAAGGUGGCGUUUACAACCCCCAGUCACCUCCUGAUGGUGGGGCUGAGGACAGUGAGUGGUGCCUCCAGGUUUUCAGAACUCGCACCAAACCAGGACCCAGGAAAACUGGCCAGCUGACUUGCAUAGGAGGUUGAUUUGCAAGAGAAACAACAACAAAAAUGGCAGCAAGAAAAUGCAAAGCAAAUUUCUACAAAUAGUUGAAUCCACCCUACCCUUCACCUGCCAGCUCCCCCCACUCCACCAUUCAUAAAGUGCUCAGACACCCAACACCUGUUCCCUCCCAUCUGGGAGCCAACCAGCUCUCUACACAGGGAAGCUGUUAUUUCAAAGACAAACCUGAAGAACCACAGUUGCCAAUGAGCUCAAUGCCAUACCAAACAAUCCUUAACCACAUUUUAUACUUUAAAAAUCCAGUCCCAGAACAGAGCUGUAGAUUAAGGGACAAAAGGUCAUUAUGAAAUCAUUUCAAAGAGCUCUUUUAAAAGCCUCCGUUGAGAAGGGGUUUGUGAGUUUCUCUUUGUCCCCUCCCCUAGCGGAUAAAUGGAACCUGUGAGAACAGUGGAUGCACUGAGCUGAGGGGGUUGAAGCUGACUAGCUGGUGGCCUGGAUUAGCAAAUACUCCUGGGGCAUGAAAAUAUUUUUCCUUCUCUUUUUUAAUCUCCACCCAGAAUUUCAGGAAAGCUGGAGCCACUUACUCAGGAUAAGUGUUUUUCUGCGGCUUGCUUUCUUAUCACCAGACUCCUCUUCAAUCUAAUCCCUUAUUUUCAUUUUUUCCCUCCAAGGGGGGGCCCUCUACUUGCUUCUCACUGUCCACUCUUAAAACUUGGAUAAGGAACUUCGGGAAGAUACACACUUCGGUUCAGCUUUAAUACUCCCCAGAGGGUGGGGUAAUAUGUUUUCACUUGCCUCCAACUUGCCAAGGCUGGAAGGAGGGCCUUGGGAUCUCGGGGGCCUGGAGUGAAUCUGUGGCGUUUGGGAGGCUGCCUCCAGUACAAGGCUCCAGGUACCAGGAGCAGCUGACACGGCCCUGCCUGGCCCCCCGGGGGGGCGUCCGCUUUCCUCCUGGGAACAGCUGAGAGGUUCUCUGCUCGGAGGAAAGGUGAGUCACAGGGCUGGCUUCUAGAUUGCGCCUGUGGCCUCUCUCUGGCUGUACCUCAGGGUCCCUUGGCCAAGAUUGACUAAAUGCUUCCCCAAACUUCUGUUUCUUCCAUAACCCAACCCCGCACAGAUGGGACAAGUUUUCCUUCAACAAUACUGGAACAUUUUGAACCACCAGGCCAAAUGAGCACUCGUAGACCAAGUGAAAACCUCUAAAAUCAAGGAAGGGAAAAACUCUAGGAUGCUUAAGAGGCUGUGCUCUUGUAGAUUUGGGUCCAGUUUGAGAGAAUGGCUCUGGUUCAUCCUAAUUGUAGCCACACUGGAUUUCCUUAUGUCCGUUCUGGGUUCUUCAAGCCUUGAGAAACAGCUGGGAAGAAAAAUAAAAUACAAAAUACAAAAUAAUAUAAAAAACAAGCUAAUAAAUCACUGGAGACUAAAAGCAAGCCUUCUCCAGAUGUCUCAUAGUUAGAAAAAAAAGGCAGAGACCAGGUGAGAGGGGCCAUGGUAAAAGCACCAGCAUCAGAUUGUUGAGUUCUGGCCCCCAGCCCCCACCUGAGCUCCUGUGAGCUCACCCGCUUCACCCGGGGCCUUCCCUGCACCGAAACUGAGAAGCAGCAGGGCUUGCUCUGCUCCUCCAGUCUGCCUGGACUUCUUUUCUUCACCGCGGCCACAAGCCUGGUUUGCCAUCUCCAGCACUUCUGAUUAAUUUUUCAAGGUCGCCCUUUGCCUGAAGCAUGACUUCACUGCACCUGCAGCGCUUCAUUGUCCAAAUGUCCUCGGCAGACCUCGCCAUCUUUGGACAGUGUUGCAUUUUCUCCAAACCGGAAAUCCUCCCUCCUUCCUCACGCUUAAUAAGGCUGUUGCAGAGCAUCCAAAUAGCACAGCUCUUGUUCCUUAGAAAAACCCGGCCCACUGUUAACUUAAUAAAACAGCUCCACAUUGUCGGCUGUGAGGCUGGGCUGAUGCUAUAUUUCCAGUUCAUUUAACCCUUUUGGUUUCAGGGGCUCAGCUCUCCCACGUACUGGCAUUGGGCUCACUGGCACCAGGGGUUCAUGGGAGGCAAUGCAAACACCCCGGGAGGCCUGGGACACCAAAGCCACAAGAGAGGGUUUGGGUCCAGAUGCGUGGCCAGGAGGCAAAUGGGUAGAUGAGAACUACUGUUUUCUUUUCAUCACCAGUUUGGCAGCCCCUAGAGAGACCCUGUGUUGCUUUUUAGCGUCCUGUCCUGAACACUAGUGUGCUCAACACUGACUCCAAAAGGCAAACGUUGGGAACCUUCAGAGCUGGAAGGGACUCAAGCUCAUCGGACCCAUCCCUCUCACUUCCUACUCCAGCAAACGGAGGCCCAGAGAGGUCAGGCAACUUGCCCACGUUCGCACAGCUAAUUAGUAACAGAGCUGAGAUCAGACCUGGCAUAGGCUUUUUAAUUUUCCUCUCCUCAUGUGAAGACUAAGAGAAGUGGUAUUUAUUGCACACCUACUAUUUUCCAGAUACUGUGCUAGGAGCUUGACAUCUAUUACCUUGCUAAAUUCUCACCACACGCUGGCUCAAGUUUAACCAUUUUACAGAUGAGAGGACGGAGGCACAGGAAGGUUAAGUAACAUGCCCAACGUCACACAGCACUAAGCAGAGCCGUGAUUGGAAGCUGUUUGUCUAAUUCUAAAGCUCUUGCUUUUGCUGCUUCAUGAGCUGCCACCCAUUCUCUUUACUCAGCCGAGUGGCCACCAGCUUGGAUUUAAUCAUGUUCUCACCAAGGGGCUUCUCAUACACUUCCUCUCUCCUCUCUGUCUUUUAAAGAAAUGGAGUUCUUGCAUUGUUUGGGCCACAUACUCCAGGGAACCUUCAACCUCACCAACAGGAGUCAGAAAUAUCCUGGCAACUUUUUCCUUUUUUUUUUUUCCCCUAAUUUGGGAGGUGAAGGAGAGGGUCACAGAGGGUUGGGAGGGGAAGAUAAACAAAGCAAACACCAUAUCCCGCACCCGACUCCUUGGAGAAUAUGCAGCCUCUUUCCUACCCAAUAUUAGAAGUGUGGGCGAUUCCAGAGUCAUUCUCCUCCAACUGAGGCAGACGAGGUAGCCAGGAUUGGGGAGGGAGCGGGGAGGUCACAGAGUAUGCAUGGUGCAUGUCCCUGGCAUGUCAGUUUACUCCUGAAUUUGGGAGGAAAAGGAUUAUAUUAUUUUCAGACCAAUGCAGAUGGCAUCAAAUGCAGAAAGCCCAUGACUUUUUUAGGCUAAAAUCUGCAGGUCGUAUAGACUGAUUUGGGCUCCCACCUUCCAGACUCUCAGGGGUACAAAGACUGCCCUGGUCCCCUGCAGGGACAUAUCAGUGGACAUCUUUGAGGAAUGCGGCUAGAAGAAGGCAGGAGACCGAUUAAUUUUGUUUAUUCCCUGGUAUCUUUUCCCCUCUCCUGGCCUGCUCCCAUCUCCCAUGGGCAGGGGGACUCAAAGGACAGUGGCUCUAAUCUCAGCUCUGUUUGCUCCUUUGGGAAAUUUAGAAGGACAUAGCACUUGGUCACUUGUAUUUUUCCCUGCCAGGCCCAAACUCCAGAAAUAAACCCCGUUUCCAUAUUUGAACAACAUUUAUAUGUAAAGGAAUAGAUCUCCUGGGAGAGAAUUCUGCAUUUUAUGGCCCUCUUCCAUGUGGGGCUGCUUGGGCAGAAGUGACACCUCUGUGUUAGAUGCAGCAGACACCAAAAAUGUCAGCCCAGAAAGAGGUCCCCUACCAGCUCCCUGUCCCCACUCACGCCCUUUCUGGUGCCUGGACUCCGCCACAGUCCCACAGACUCAACAUUCAGAAUCUACACGAGUUACUGCUGACACACAGACCACCUUCCUAUUAUUCACACACAUCCGUCCGAUCGUUCCAACACAGAUACACUCCAGGCCCACAGGCGUUCCCAGGUACCCCACGCAAGUCACCGUGACUUUGAGGGAGCCGUUAUCAGGGGCUCGGCAGCUGGGACCCACCCUGGUGGACUCUAGGCGGUUGUUCUGAGAAAUCCUACACAACAAAUCCUCCCGUCCCUCCGAAUCUGAGUUUGUUGUUUUAACCUUUAACAGCCUUUUCAGGUAAAAAUAACAAAGACCAAUUUACUGACUUUGUAGCUACCAUGUGCUUGGAAAAGCAUUUACUUAAAAGAAAGACUGGAAGGAAGGGAAAAGAUGAGAAGAAAUGGAGUACAUACUCCUCAGGCGAUGCACAUUUCAAUGAACUAAAUGAAAAAUAAAAA